GUCGCCCAGUUGGCAGUUUGGAAAAAGCUAUGAUCCGCCGCAUCGCCCUCGCUGUGCUGCACGCCGCGCCACUGGUCAUCUUUCUGCUCAUGUGCAUCUGGAUGGGGGUGACUCUGACUGCGUACAAGACGAGCGUCCUUGGCCAAGUGACGGCCGUGGACUUGGCCGGCUUUUCGGUGCGCUACGCCGACGCGCACCUCUUCAACUGGCACCCGGUGCUCAUGACGUUUGGCCUCCUCUUCUGCUCGUACGAAGCGGCGCUCGUGUUCGUGACGGCGCCGUUUGACCACAACACCAACAAGAUUGUGCACGCGUCGUUGCAUGGGAUGUCGCUGCUCUCGGCGGUGCUGGGCGCGAUCGCUGUCUUCUCGUAUCACUUUGCCCAGAAGAUUCCCAAUCUGUAUAGCCUCCACAGCUGGCUCGGGCUGCUCACGGUCGUCGCCUUUCUGGAGCAGGUUGUCGUUGGCUUUGUGGCGUUCUUGUACCCGCGUCUCGCUGCGCGCUGGCGGCUCGCGCUGGUGCCGUACCAUGUUGGCUUUGGUGUCGCCGUUCUCGGCCUCGUGGCCGCCACGAUCGUGACUGGGAUUAUGGAGAAGCUCGGGUUCAACGGCUCGUGCAACAUUUCCGGCAAGCUCGACGGACGCGACGUGCACGGCUACAUGGCACCGGACUGCAUGCUCGGCAAUGUGAUUGGGCUUUUGGUGGCGCUGACGUUUGGAAGCGUUGCGAUGACGGUGAUCGUCUCGAAGCUGCCGACGCCGCCCCGAGGCCCCAUCGAGCUGGCGAUGGACGGGACGGAGACCGUGCCGUUGAUGGCCCAUGACGACUGAAGGGCUCAUGGACCUCUUGUGUAGUUGAGUGUGCCUACCUCUUUUCCCAGCUGUGUGAAGGCGUAACCUAUAAGAACCG